AUGAUACCAACACCUGACCUUUCUCAUAUCAGUCGAAAGGACUAUGAUGAUGUUUAUGAGCCAGCAGAAGACACAUUCAUCUUGUUAGAUGCCCUCGAGGCCGAUUUGGAUUUUUUGAAAGCUCUAAAACCUUUAAUAUGUGUUGAGAUAGGAUCAGGUAGCGGUUGUGUGUCUGUUUUUGCACAGAAAAUUUUGUCUGGGAUCCCAACAUUGCAUAUCUGCACAGAUAUCAACUCAAAAGCGCUUACAGUGACCGAUUCCACCUUUCAAAAGAACUCGCUCUCAACACCCAAUCUUGUCCGAACCUCUCUCCUCAACUCUCUUCGACUCCAAUCGUCCGUCGAUCUUUUACUCUUCAAUCCUCCCUACGUGGAAACCUCAACGGAGGAAUUUGAGCAAGCCACACAAGGUCACAUCGAAGCUAGCUGGGCCGGUGGAGCAAAUGGAAUGGAGCUCACCAAUCAACUCUUGGAUUCACUACCUUCAAUCCUUUCUCCUAAUCGAGGAGUACUUUAUCUAGUGGCAAUUAAACAAAAUAAGCCAGAGGAAAUUGUUUUGCGGAUGAGAAACUGUGGCUUUGAUGCUCGGAUUAUCCUUCAACGUCGAGCAGGGCGCGAGCAUUUGCAUGUCUUACGGAUUUCGCUGUCAUCCAAAGAGACUGAAAUAUAG